AUGGAUUCGAGAUUCGCGAAAAAAAUUGACUCUUUAAGCGAUCAGCAUGCCAUUUCCCGGAGGACUAAAAAAUACACCGUGGAUGACAUUGACAAGCUUCUGGCCAAGCCUCGGCCAGAUGACAAUAACCAGGGGGAUCAGUUGGGUGACUUUGAUGCUGAUGGGGAUGCAGCAAUGGAGAUAGACGAUGAUCAUACCACACAGGAGCUUUCUAGUUAUCUCGCAGAGCAGAGGAAAGCUGGGUCUUUGGCAUCCCUGGACGCAUCCCAGGACGCCAUGGACACCGAUCCGGUGAUCGAAAAGCGCGAUUUUGUAACAAUUUUCGUCCUAGACACAAAUUUCAUAAUUUCGCACUUGAACACUUUGGAAAGACUUCGAGCAUUGAGUUCGGAAUUCAAUCACCAGAUUGUAGUGCCGCGAACUGUGAUACAGGAGCUUGACGGCCUGAAAAACUCUGAAAAAAUUGUACUACCUUCUAAAAAUGGGGAAUGGAGCUCGCAGGGCGGUCAGAGCAUCGGAUUGCUUGCUCGCAAAGCCAAUGACUGGCUCUAUCGAAACCUUGCAGACCUCGAUUCCGGGGUUGUAGGACAACGACUUGCUCAGAGACUCGAUUUCCAAAGCAGCAAGGACGACUCGAUUUUGGACUGUUGCAUGUACUUCAAGGCGCGUCUAAACCGAUUCGUAGUUCUUCUCUCGAAUGACAAAAACUUGUGCUUGAAAGCGCUCACUGAUGAGAUUCCUACCAUAUCCUACAGAAAGGGUAUGACGGCGGAGCUGAUCGCGGGAAGAACUAUGUAUGAAAAUCGAGGCCUUGCCGGUAACAACUUACAACCGAAAGAGAUAAAUGAGUUGCCAAGACAGGAUAUUUCUACGAUAACUAGUGGCCAGACUUAUUCCACCUUUCACAACGAGAUAUCCAGCAUAGUUUUGGGCGCAGUUGAAACAGUAAUGGUUCACGAAUACGGGGACGACCUCGAACUGCUAGAUUAUGAUAGAAAUAAACUGCACACUCUCAAGGAUGCAAGCCGAUGCAUUGCCAAGUUUUGGCUUUCAACAUUCAGUCAAUAUUUCCAUCGAAAUCAGCUUGACGUGAAGACCUGGAAAUCUCUGCCGGAAGGUUUGACGCGCAUUCCAACAAAUCCGAGAGAACAGGCGGACUUCGUACAGUUUUGGACCUUCGUGCUUGAAAGUCUCUAUGUAAGUCACGAUCAGAGACAAAAAGAUGCACUGCAGACUUUGGUCAAGAGAUGGCGCUCAAGCGUAAACGAGCCAAGUCAAACAUAA